UUAGCCACAUCCAUUAAUCUGAGAUUGCAGUACAGAUCCCAUGGCGACCAUUUUCUCUCCCUCCUCCGUGUUCUCCGGCGCCACCGCGAAACCGCCGCAGCAGCAAGCCAAGCCGCCUCAGGUGUCUAUACCGCCGCCGUCCAAACCGCCGCUAGCGAACAUAACAACCGCGAUAACCGCGACGGCGUUAGCCACGGCGAUUCUGACCGCCGCGCCGCCAACCCUAGCGGAAUCCCCGGCCUUCUCCGUGUACUACGGAACCGCCGCCAGCGCCGCCAAUUACGGCGGAUACGGAGGCAAUUCCGACAAAAAAGCCACAGCAGAAUACAUCUACGACGUGCCGGACGGGUGGAAGGAGCGGCUGGUGUCCAAAGUGGAGAAAGGAACCAACGGCACCGAUUCCGAGUUCUACAACCCGAAGAAGAAGAAGGAGAAAGAAUACCUAACCUUCCUCGCCGGAUUCCGGCAGCUGGCGCCGAAAGAGGUGGUGCUGAACAACUUGGCGCUGUCUGACGUGGAUCUGCAGGACCUCAUAGCCAGCGCCGACGGCGGCGUGAAAUCGGAGGAGAGGAAAGACGAGAAUGGGCAGGUGUACUAUGAGUACGAGAUUGAUGGCGCCGCCGCGCAUAGCUUGAUCUCCGUUACGUGUGCGAAGAACAAGCUGUAUGCGCAUUUCGUCAACGCGCCGUUGCCGGAAUGGAACCGCGAUCAGGACACGUUGAGGCACAUUCACCAGUCGUUCAAAACAGUUGGGUGAGGAUUUUUUUGCUUGUACAGAGGUAAAUUAGCAGAGAUUAAUGAAUGUAUGAUGAUGAUCCUUAAGGAUUAUUGUAGAGUGUUUGAUAAAUUUGUGUAAUUUUGGCUAAUAAAGUCUCUGUGCGUUCUUCACAAAAAAAAAAAGAAAAAAAAAAGUCUCUGUGCGUCACUAGAUUGUGUCCAAGCUAGUGUUUGUUCAUACUAACUAGUGUUUGUUCAUAUGCAUAGUUAGUUUAUCAUUUAAUUUUAAUUUAUUUAA